GUUGGCUCUAAUUUCCAGAAGACUGUGAGAGAUCUCACUGUGCCUCUUCUGUCCAGGGGGUUUAGUUGCAGGAGGAGUGCUCCUGUCCUAUUUGAAAGCAGAAGAACAGAUACCAUUUUAUGGCCAUAGCCUUGCCCUUCUUAUCCGUCUUGGCUCUAUCACAGGUCUGCUUUGCUGUUGUCUCUCAGCUGUGACAAUCUGUCUGAUGGUCAUUAUAAUAGCAGUUCACUACUAGUACAAACAACAGUACUAUUUGUACAUUUUGUGAGAGGUGAACCAACACCAUCAAAAGUUCUGUAGUACCACUGGCCUCCUUCUAUAUUUGAUCACCAUCAUAUUUAUGUCAGCAUCCUCACUUCUCAUUUAAAACAACCAAAGAACCAUUGUUGGGCCCAUAGGAUCUACUGUCAUCAAGAGCUUAUUUGCUACAGCCUUUAGUAGUAUUUUACCUGAGAGAAUUGAAGCAUGGAGCCUGUGUCAAUGCCUGAACUCCUUGGUGGACUCAUUGAUUGUGUGGCCCAGUUAAUAAGAAUUGCUGAAGAGAUUUUACACUUUCUUUCACAAGGGCAGCAAAUUCCUCGUUUACAACCAAGUAAUAGAGCAGAACAAGUAGAAGCAGGUGCAGCUCCUCCAGAUGAAGCCCCACUACCAGAUCUUGCUAAUUUCUCUGAUUUGGAAUCAAUACUUUCACUAAAAGAUGAUGAAGACCUGAUCCUCGACAUAGAUGAAGCAUUGUUAGACAUAGGUGAUAUAAAUGAAGAUCUGCUGUCUGGUCUCGACAAUUUUAGAGGGGAAUAAGUCCCAAUUUUCCCUCAAUCAACAUGUGAGAACUGAUUAGUUCUCUGUUUUUUCUAGAUAUUAGCUGUUCCGAUUUUUCUAGAUAUUAGCUGCACAUUUUCAUUGUUAAAAUUUAUAGAGCAAGUAAGAUUUGUUUUCCUUCCAGAAAAGGCUAGGUUUUUCUUUGUUGUUAUUCAGAAUGUUCUGACUUUAGCAAUAUGGUUCUUUUACUUCUCCUCCAUUCUGUUAAGAUUUCUGAUGAUAGGCACAAAUAAUAGCAGAGAAUCUCUUCAACCUAACAAUGGACCAAAGCACUGGGACCUCUCACAUCUUGGGACUCAGUUUCACGGUUCUACAAUGAAAAACAAGUUAAAAGGAGAAUAACCCCCUGAUGAUACUACAGUGACUGUCUUCAUAUUAACGGGACAAUAUUAGGAUACUUGUAUUUGAAAAAAUAUCAUCCCUUAUUGGAUCUUUAAGAGAAGAUUUGUCAAGUAGGAUGCUACAGCAGAUUAAGGGAGAUAAUUCUGAAAGAAUGGUAUCUACAGAUAAACUACAGAAGGAUAUUCAGAUGAAUGUUGCAAGGGAGAAACUUUUGAAAAAGCUGCGGCUAAGAGGUUCCAGUGCAGAAUUUUUCCUACAAAUGCUGACCCACGUCACAACUACUUUGCAGUAUUGUUCCCCAAAUGGAAAUGGUACAUUAUACCAAAUAAAGAAGUACUAGAAUUACUACACAAGGCUCUAAAAAGACUAUUCACCAGUGGAAGGCAAGCACUUGUUAUAUAAACCUGGAGAUGAUGGUCCACAAAGGGGAGUGG